GAUGUAGGUGGUCAAGAUAAGAUUCGACCAUUGUGGCGUCAUUAUUAUACAGGAACUCAAGGACUUAUAUUUGUGGUAGAUUCACAAGAUCGUGAUCGAAUUGAUGAAGCUAAACAAGAAUUGCAUCGAAUUCUUUCUGAUCGUGAAAUGAAAGAUUGUUUAUUAUUGGUAUUCGCCAAUAAACAAGAUUUACCAACCGCAAUGUCACCUACUGAAGUAACUGAAAAAUUAGGAUUACACCGUAUGAAAGAUCGAGCCUGGUAUGUUCAUCCUUCAUGUGCUACAACUGGAGAAGGUCUUUUUGAAGGAUUGAAUUGGUUAAGUCAGAAUACUAAGAUGAAAUAA